CGUAUGUUGUUUCUCAAUGAAAAUUGAACGUCUCUACGAUUUUUAAUAAAAAAUAAAUUUGAGUAAAAUUGGAAAUAUGGGAGAAUCCAAGGGUGACACCUUUUGCAAACAAAUGAGAGCAGCAACUAGGGAAAUUCAUGCUGUGAGUGACGCUCUGGUGAAUGCUAAAUUGGCAUUCGGUCUGCAGGACGAUAAAGUCUGGGCAGAUGGACUCCUGGUGUUCUACGAAAUAUUCAAGUAUCUGGAGAAGGCUAUGCCUGGAGUAACGAAGAAACACGAAAUUGAUAAUAUAAUACCUCAGGACAUGGAGAGAACUAAAGCCUUCGAGGAGGAUUUGAAUUUUUAUCUUGGCAGUGAGUGGAGUAAAAAUUACACACCCAGAGAAAGUGUUGUUCAGUAUUUGAACCACUUAAAAGAAUUAGAAUGCACAAAACCGAUUCUUCUGUUGGCCUACGUCUACCACCUCUACAUGGGCCUUUUGAGUGGUGGAAUAAUCCUCAGAAAGAAGAGACAACUCAUUCAGAAAUUGUCUCCCUUCAAAUCCACGCACAAACUGGAGGGAAAUCACGUAACGGAUUUUGGGGAGAGUUCGAUUUACAAAUUGAAAGAGAAUUUCCGAAGGAAGAUGAAUGAAUUAGCAGAGGGUCUCGAUGAACUGACCAAAGAACAGCUUAUCGAGGAAAGUAAAGUCGUAUUUGUAAUGAAUAAUCAGAUAAUCAGGAGUGUACAGGGAGCCAGUGCUGUGAUGAUAAAGAAAAUUAUUUAUGUGAUUACGAUUUUACUCGUGUUAAUUCUCUUUUAUAUUUUUAAGCGAUAAACAAUUCAUUAUUCCAUUGUAUAUUCUUCUAUUU